CACAAGUACGUUCAAUGUCUGAGACAAGACAGGACCAAUUACCUGUGUUGACAGACUACAACACAUGAGCAGACAGUGGCUUGUUGUCUGGUUCUCAGGGGAAAUUCGUUUACAAUGAACGUGAUUGACAGCCAACAAGCUUGUCUGUCUCUCAGUCUCGGGUUCUUUCAAAGACUUGAUGCAUUUGCCGACCUUGUUAUUGAUUGUUUGAACACACCUACAGAAACAAAGGGAGACGAUAAGGGAACAGAUCUAGCCUCUAACAGCGGGACAUAGGUAGACACACAUUCUGAAGUAAUGAACAUUGGCAUGCAGUUUGUAUAGAAUAAUCCAAGUUCAGUUUGAUUCUUUAAACAUCUAGACUACUAGGAGUAGAUAAUGAGCCUAAGUAAAGGGACACUCCAUGCACUGCUGCCAGGGGCAAGGAUUGAUAAGCAUGCCAAGAGGAUUUACGUUCACGCUGGCACCAGCAACGAAAUCAUUCGGAUAAACGUUGGCGGGACGGUGUUUGAGACCUACAAGUCAACGCUCAGUGCUCAUCCAUCGUGCCAUCUUUCCGAUCCUGUUUUCCUGGCCAAGUAUUACCGAACUGAACAGAAUGACUACUUCUUUGACAGAGAUCCGGAAAUAUUUCACUGCAUCUUAAACUACUUCCGCAGUGGAGAGCUCCACCUGCCCACCUCAGUGUGCGGUCUGGUCAUCAAAUCGGAACUGGACUUCUGGGGCAUUGAUGACAUCAGCAUUGAGGAGUGCUGCUGGAGCCGGUACGCCACAUGGGCAUCCACUUUACAUGCUUUGCGGAGAUUGGAACAUGACCAGAACUCUCUAGUCAUCUCAUGGGCAUUUCCUGAUAAAGACAAUCCAAGCAAACUUAGACAAAUUCGAAAAAAGAUUUGGGAGUUUUGUUCACAGCCAUCGUCCUCUAGAGCAGCCAAGGUGUUCGCCAUAACAUCAGUGAUAGUUAUAUUCGUGAGUAUCUCUUCAUUUUUUGCCAGCACUCACGCUCCAUAUAGAAAGUACACUGAUGACAACGUGAGUCACGCCUCGACUAAGAAUGAGACUAAUAACAAUACUUCCAGAGUCCAAAAGUACACAGAACUGUCUUCCCAUCCUGCCCUGGUAAUUAUCGACAUCAUCUGCCUCGUGUUCUUUAGCCUUGAACUUCUUACCCGCACCCUGGUGACCCCACACAGGGUCAAGUUCCUCUUGCUGCCGAUGACGAUCGUAGAGUUUCUGGCCGUAAUGACGGACCUGAUGGACCACUUGAUGAGGGGAGUCCUGCUGUCCUGGACAGGUGACGAGACACUGCUAAGCGUGAUCAACUUCAUGAAACUUCUGAGGGUGUGCCGAGUGUUUCGACUCAUGCGACACGUGCCAGGGUUGUGGGUACUCAUGUACACAGUCAAAGCCAGCAUUAAGGAUCUUCUGCUGCUUUUUCUCUUUGUGGUGGUUGGAAUGCUCAUCUUUUCUUCUCUCAUCUAUUUCGCCGAGCAGGCCACAAACCCGGACUUUCACAGCAUCCCCAAGUGCUUCUGGUGGGCGGUAGUCACCAUGACUACGGUGGGCUACGGUGACAUGUACCCCAAGACGACUUGGGGCUAUUUCGUUGGCGCUGCCACUGGGAUCGCUGGAGUCCUUCUCAUCAGCUUCACUGUGCCGGUGCUUGUGAACAACUUUAUCUUAUAUUAUAACUACGCAUGCGCCUUGCGGACGGAGAGAGAGAGCGGAAGGUCUGAAUCCACCCGAGAAAAGCGCAGGAGGCAAGAUGCCCCCUUGGCAGAGCUUCAGAAGAUGUCGCGUAGUGCGCAUUCAUGCGAUGAGAAUGGAGAAAUGAUUGAAGCUCUUCUGGACAAAUGUGGCAAGACAGAUCUAAAGGAUGAACAGGACAGAAGCUAAAUGAGACUUAAGGCUUUAGAUUCUGCUAAGAGAGCUUACAAUAAACAGCACGGAUUAACAGACGUAAACUCUAGUCAAUGCUAUUCAUCUUAAAUAUCUUGUAAAAAAAAACAAUACCUUCUUGUCGUUUAUGCACGAACAUUUUACAGGAACACUUUAAGACAUUAAUAUAAUCCAAGAGCCAGUUCUUUUCAAGUAUACUCCAUUUGAUUAAUCAGACCCCUUUACAGUUGUAGCGUUGCAAACAGAAGUCAAUUUUAAAGGAGUUAACACUAUUUUGAAGACAGCAGUAAAUAAAAAUAAAACAAAAGCCAUUGAAUUAGUACCUACUAAGGAAGUUUUUAAGACAUGCAAAGCUAUGUACAUUGAACUGAAGCAAUAUUUUUGUAGAUAUUAUUAAAUGCUGAAACCAAACAUGCUUAAUUUAACUUUAGAAUGCCUUUUUUUUAUAUUCCUCUCAAUAGAUGUGCAUUUUUUCAACGUAAGUAAUAAUACAUUAAGUCUGACGUUUGCAGUAUUGUGUUAUGUGCGGUUCACUUGAUAUUACUUAGAUGUUUUUGACAUUUUAAGUGCCACUUUAAACAAAACCAUCCAAUAUUUGUUUUAUUAUUUCCUUGUUAAAUAAGAACAAUCUGGUAUAAACUUUGUCACAUGUAAACUAUGAGUGAGUCGGGUGUGAAUGUACACUUUGAUUUUUUAUAGUUAUAAUGUUUUUGUUUGGUGUAAUGCACAAAUUGUAAGACAAAUUUCCAUACGGAUAAUAAAGAUUAUUAUUAUUAUUAUUAUUAUUAUUAAUAUAACUGGACGUCAGACAUGUAUAAGAAAACACAAAUGAGAUUAAGUCGCAAUGGCUCCGCUUACAAAGCAGAAUCAUUGAAAUUCACUAGUAAUUGUUAACCCGAGCAUGUAGUCAUUAAUUUAUAAUAACUAUUGUAAAUAACUUUUAAUAUUGUUAUAAACUUGGUGGUGGCACAGAGAGGGGUAGUGGUGUGUGUGUAGUCAGCCGACGCAAAUCGCACCAGGCCAGCGCUAGACGAGCGGUCAACCGUGACGAGUUACGACUGACGGCCGAGACGAGUGUCAACAAGAGGGUUCGGGAAGAAUCGCCGUCGUGAACAGAGCUCAGUAGCGUCACGAGAGUUGUAGUCAUCUGAUCACCUAGAAACGUCGAGCGGCGUUCUGUCCGGUUCUAGAAGGCCAGUAGGGACCCUAUAUAAAGAGUGGAGGUGUCGCAGUCAAGACGGUUCAGAAAGCGGGUUCACGACAGGAGUUCAGAACACGCCUUUCAGCGCACCCCUUCCCCAUGUCUUAAAAUGGAACAUUUGUUGGUGAAAGAAAUUCAACUUUAUUUUGACUUAUCAUUUGAUAUAUAUGAGUCUUGCGACAUAAAAGACAUGGAACAAGUUAACCCUUUUGUAGGUAUAUGUCUUCCCAAAGUCUAAAAGAAGAACUUCUAGGAUUGCUACCGCUCUCGUGACAAACUAGAGGAGAAGAUGCAGCUAACGUGCAAAAAUACCUUGAAGGCAAUACAUGUAUAAUCAAUAUAAAUAAAAUAUUUUCAAUAGCAACUGAGGAGCCAGAGUAUGAAGGGAAAAAAUAAAGAGGCAACUACGAUUCUUUGGCGCAAAAUAAACCAACAAAUUCUUACGUUUUACUGCAUAAUACACCAACCAGCGCUUUGUAAUCAAGAUUUAUAACAGCAUCUUGUCAAAAGCAUUCUACCAUCGUCAGUUAAAGGAAUUUUUAACAAAAUGGAGACUCGUCAUUUCGACCUCAUUCUUUACAACAAAGUGCGAUGGCUUUCCAAAGGUAUGGUAUUGAAACGUUUUGCUUUGUGCUUAAAUAAAAUAGAUACAUUUCUAAAUGAAAAAACAUGAAUCAAGCUGAAUAAGAGAACGAUAAAUGGUUACAAAAUUUUACUUAUAGUGGACAGUGAAAUUAAAUGAGCUGAAACUAAAACUGCAAAGAAAGGAAAAGCCAGCCUAUGUGUUGGUAGAAGAAUUGGUUUGUUUUGAAGAAAAAAUUAUUUUCGCAGAAGAUAUCAGAGCGCUCAGUUACUUCAUUUUCAAUUAGUAAAGCAAUAUUGCGAUAAAACCAGUGCAACUGUUGACACGAGUUACUUCAGCACAGAAAGAAGCCAACUAACAAAUGAAAAUAAGAUUCAUGUUUGAUACUAAAAACAACAAGUUCUGAGACAAAUGUCUCCAAACUUUCUAAAACCAGGCAAAUCCAUUGUUCCCUCUGAUUUUGUUUGCACAAUUGUUUGUUAUUGAAGUAAAAGUUAGUGUUUUAUGUAAAUGUUUAAUUGUUUAAAUUUUAUACUUAAAUAAUAAGUAAUUAUGUAAUAAAACCAUGUAUAUAUAUAUAUAUAAUCUCAUUUGUUGUGAAAUACAUUAUUUAUAUGAAGUUAAAUUGAUAUAUUUUCUAAUGAAUAAAUAGAUUCGUUGUUUUCUUAAUAAAAAAUCUUAAUUAUGCGAGUACUAUUUAUUGUUUGGAAGAAAAAAAUGUGUGGCUCUUUAAAGGCGUUGUUGAAAUUUUGUAAAUUGUAAUUUUUGGCUAUUCCGACUCAAAAGGUUGCCGACCCCAGUCCUAGGGUCUGCAAUUGCUAACAUGCUGCUUGGUGUUUGUAUUAUAUGACCAAAUGAGUUUGAUGUUUGUAUUAUAUGACCAAAUGAGUUUGGUGUUUGUAUUGUAUGACCAAAUGAGCUUCACGUUUGUAUCAUAUGACCAAAUGAGUUUGAUGUUUGUAUUAUAUGACCAAAUGAGCUUGGUGUUUGUAUUAUAUGACCAAAUGAGCUUGAUGUUUGUAUUAUUUGGCCAAAUGAGCUUGGUGUUUGUAUUAUAUGACCAAAUGAGCUUGGUGUUUGUAUUAUAUGACCAAAUGAGCUUGGUGUUUGUAUUAUAUGACCAAAUGAGCUUGGUGUUUGUAUUAUCUUCUCAUCUUAUAUAAUACAGACGUUACUUCAAAAAAGAAGAUGAUUACGUCCUAUGACCAAAUGAGCUUGGUGUUUGUAUUAUAUAAGACCAAAUGAGCUUCAUGUUUGUAUUAUAUGACCAAAUGAGCUUAGUGUUCGUAUUAUAUGACCAAAUGAGCUUUGUGUUUGUAUUAUAUGACCAAAUGAGCUUCAUGUUUGUAUUAUAUGACCAAAUGAGCUUCAUGUUUGUAUUAUAUGACCAAAUGAGCUUAGUGUUCGUAUUAUAUGACCAAAUGAGCUUUGUGUUUGUAUUAUAUGACCAAAUGAGCUUGGUGUUUGUAUUAUAUGAAAGUCCACUUUAUGCUUGCAUGCUUUAGUGCAUUAAAAUGGCGAAAUUCGCUAUCAAACCAACACAUUUUAAAAUAAAGUUAUAUUACAAAUUA